CUUUCCCUUUUAUCUUUUCUUCUCUUUCUCUGUGAAAAGCCACACUUUUCCGUGACCUCUCUUUCUUUUUCUCUGCAUCUUCACUCUUGGAAUCAAUCUUACAGCCAAAAAGCAAAAGAAAACUUCACUCUCUAAGCUCACUUCUUCCUAAGUUUCCUCUCUGGUCUUAGUUUUUCUAAUGGGAGUUUCGACUUCACCGGUGCUGUUCUUCUCCUUGCUGUUCUGCUUCACUUCUGCCAUUCAGCUUUCUGAGUCAGCUACUAUAGUGGUUGAUAGGGGUUUACUUCCAGAGCGAAAAAACGCAACAGUUCAUGUGGGAGACUCCAUCAUUUUCCAGGACAAGUAUGAGUUCAAUGUCUACAUUUUCCAGAACCUGGAUGCUUUCAAUGCCUGCAAUUUCUCUCAGGCUACCCUUCUUACCAAAUCUGACUCCAGAAAUUGGACAUGGCAUACAGGGCGUCCUGGUUCCUUCUACUUCUCCUUUUACAAUGGGUCAAACAAGGCAUGCUUAAAGGGCCAAAAAGUAGCAAUCAAAAUAACUGCUUCCUCACCGGAAAGUCCUGCUCCCUCCCCCGGUGGAGCCCCUCCGCUGAUUUCUGGUGGGAUUGUGUCGUCUUCUCCGUCGUACCCGUGGCCUUUCCAGCCUCACGAAUUGGGCUCUCCUUCUUCUGCGCCAGUUGCUGCUGCUGUUGCUCCGGCCAAUAGCCAAAUGGACCCGGAGAAAGGCGGUGUUAUCCCAUUUAUCAGCAGCAACCCGGCGGUGCCCCUUCCGACCGGUGAAGUUGACUCUGCCACCAUUCUCCCUGCUCCCGCUUCUGAUCACUCUCAAGGACAGGUGGUAAGGGGGUUGACCAUUCUAAGAGCUUCCUUCACUGGAAUUGUUUUGAUGAUGAUGCUGCUGCUAUCAUGAAAAGGUCAUUGAAGGGAAAGAGAGGUUGAGGUUUUGGAAUGGAGUGGAAUCUCUUGGGGUUAUGUUUUUGCACCUAUAGAUGUAAAAAGAAUUAGUGAUGUGUAAGAAUGCCGUGAGAGAGAUGUGUUAUAUUCAAUCUGAAGGGACUGAGUGUUACCCUUAUUAUUAUGGAGAUCGAAUGCAGCACUUUUCUCUGCUCAAAUUUUCACCUUUCCCUUCUUAUUUUAGUAUUUUGGUCAGCACUUUUUUACUGCCUUAAUUCCUUGAAUGGGGGAAUUUGGGAUCUUAUGAGUUAUGAUGAUCCCACUUUUUAUAGUCAUAUCUUUGAAUGGGGGAGUUUGGGAUCUUCUGAUCUCACUUCUUACAGUUAUAUCAGAAUGGACAAAUUAUACCGUGGUACCAGCAUACCAUGAUCAAGGUAUACCGGUACCACAUACGGCACCGUUUCUAUAAUUAAAGUCACUUGCCUU